AUGGAGCCGAAACUUUGGUGCCAUAACAUGCGAGUCGUGCAAAGUUUUCUUUCGAAGGGCUGCCCUUUUAAGCGAAACAUUAAGGUGUCGUUCAAACGGCAAUUGCAUUAUCGAUCAAAGGACUCGCAAAACAUGCCAAACGUGUCGACUCCGCAAAUGUUAUUCAAUGGGAAUGAGAAAGUAACUAGGGAAUUUAUAAGAAUUAAAGAAUCGGAUGUAAAGUCAACACAAGAGGCAAACAACGAGAUGACUGUUUGCACGAGUAAUCAGAUAUUGAACGAUACAAACGAUGAAAACAGUGUAUUAAAUAAAAUUAUUGAAAAUAACACAACAAAUGGCGAUAAACUAAUGCAACAAAUCAAAGAGAUUGAAAGCUAUAUAUUGAGGAUUAAUAAUCGCAUGAAUGACAGCGAUAUGUUUGAAAUGCCCAUAAGAUUAUCGCAUAAACCAGUGUUCAGACAAUUGACAGAUCAUAAGAGUUUCAAUGAUUUAGAGUCCAGAAGAAUGUCCGAACUGUUCCUCUCGUCCAAUGUCUUCAAAUACAAGUCAUUUCACACCAAAAAUAUCAUUGAAUUGACAAAUAUUGUUGACAUUAACUGUUCGUGUAAUAAGAUGUUGAAUAGAGAUUUGGCGCUCAUUAAGUACGGCUGUCUUGAGAUACUGGUCCUCCGGUCGUCAAUACUCUAUGACAUUAACACCGAUUACUGGACAAUGGCUUACAACUCGGACGACCAGAGAGUAGACUCAUUCAAAUUGGUUGCCUUAAAUUAUUUGACUAAAAUCGUGUCUGAAUGGAACAGGGAUUAUAUUAUUUUGGACUUGUUGACGGCAAUAAUACUGUUUAACCCAAAUCGACCCAAUCUUACCCACAGGGAUGUCGUGAAAGCCGAACAGCAGUUAUAUAUUUAUUUACUCCAAAGAUAUCUACAUUUAAAACAUGGAUCAGAAUUUGAGACACAGAUAAAGCUCUCAAUACUAAUGAAAUUAAUGUCAGACUUAGAAUAUCUAUGCCUUUUGAAGAAGAAAAAUGGCGGCGACUUCUACUUGGAUUCAUUUGGACCUAUUCUUCAGGAGAUUCUGUACGAUAUAAUCAAUACUUAG